AUGUUAUGUCAGUCGCGUACCGGCGCGCGAAACAUUCACACAGCCAUAUAGUGGUUAAAAUAAUAAUAAUAUUGUUUUAUUUAUAAUAACUUUAAUUAAUAAACAGUUGACGUAAAGCGAGCGAAAUGUCGUGGGCGUGCGACCCAGCGCUGACCGCCAACAUAGUGAACAGCUAUGGCGCUGCUGGCACUCUCUUCACACAGACCCUGACCAGCUUCCUAGCUGCACAGUGCGCCGUCGUCGGAGACCACCUGUGGCCGGAUGACGCCAUUGACGCCGUAUUAAAAGAUCCGAAUUAUGACUUCAUAGUGGUGGGUGCGGGAUCAGCGGGUUCCGUGGUAGCAAACCGGCUGAGCGAGGUGCCAGACUGGAAGGUGCUGCUCAUUGAGGCCGGAGGAAACCCUCAGCUAAGCACAGUAAUGCCGCAAGUGUUCUACAAUAGCAUGAAAACUGAUUUGGAUUGGGGAUACAAAACCCAACCUCAAAAUAGUUGUCGAAGUUAUAAAAACAAAGCGUGUGCCUGGCCUCGGGGGAAGGUGCUGGGCGGCUGUGGCAGUAUCAAUGCCAUGUUCUACGUUAGAGGAAAUAGGCUAGACUACGACACAUGGGCAGCUGACGGUAACUACGGCUGGAGCUACGAUGACGUCUUACCAUACUUCAUCAAGAGUGAGAAAUAUAAUGGGCAGAUAAAUGAGGAAACGAAAAAAUAUCAUGGUAAGGAUGGGUACCUGAAUAUUGAAGACUCAAAAGACUACGAUUUCAUUGAACGUUUGAUCGUUGAAGCUGCCGUCGAACUAGGAAUGAAAAACUCAACUGAUAUCAAUGGUGAUAGUCAAAUGGGUAUCAUACUGGCUCAGUCAAAUGUUAAAGGUAAUGUAAGACAUGGGCCAGCUAGAGCUUUUCUGAGCCCAGUUAAAGAUAGAAAGAAUUUACAUGUCCUAAAAAAUUCUCAUGUUACAAAAAUAUUAUUUAUUCCUGGCACGAAUAAGGUCAGUGGUGUUAAAGUUCACAAAAAUGGAAAGGAAAUAAUAGUAAACGCGAGAAAGGAAGUUGUCGUUUCUGGUGGUGCAAUCAACUCACCACAAAUUCUCAUGUUAUCAGGCAUCGGUCCUAGAAAACAUCUCGAAGAAAUGGACAUAGAAGUUAAAGUUGACCUCCCUGUUGGUGAAAACCUACAAGAUCAUGUAUUUGCACCUACGUUUUACACGGUGCCAGGCGACACAUCUUUAGCCUCCCUUGAAAACAUAGUUCGCGAGCUUGGAAAUUAUAUGUUAGCGGGCACAGGAGCAUUCAAAGAUGUGCGUCCUCACAGAGUUAUAAGUUUCGCUAAUACAACCGACCCAACUUCGACUAGCCCAGAUAUUCAAUUCCAUUAUCUCGUUUUGCCUCCCAAGAGUCGUAAUAUGCUUGAUGUUUUUGAAAAACACGAUUUAAAUGAAGAAGUUUACAAUAAAUUUCAUGAGUUAAACAGUGAAAAGAUUGUAAUACUAGUAUUUAGCGUCGUAUUACAUCCAAAAUCAAGUGGUACAAUUCUGUUGAAAAACAAGAAUCCUUUCGAACAUCCUUUGAUAUACGCGAACUACUUCGAAGACCGAGAAGAUAUGGAAACCAUUAUCAGAGCUACGAAACAGCAUUCACUUAAGUUGGGUGACACAAACGCGUUUAAAAAGAUUGGUUUGCAAUUAGAGUGGUUAGAAAUCGACGCGUGUAAAGAGUUUGAGAAAGCUAGCGAUGAACACUUGGAAUGCAUUGCUCGGGAACUUACAUUUUCUCUGUAUCACCCUACCAGUACCGUUAAGAUGGGGCCGAAAAGCGACAAGGGAGCUGUCGUCGACCCUGAACUGAGAGUAUACGGUGUUGAAGGGUUAAGAGUCGCGGAUGCAAGCAUCAUGCCUUUCGUGGUGAGAGGGAACACCAACGUACCGACUAUGAUGAUCGGUGAGAAGGCGGCGGACAUGAUAAAGAAGUUUUGGACAGACCGACACCAGGAGCUCUGAAUGUGCUCUUAAAUGAAGUACAAUAAAAGUUUUGUAAAACUCUGCAGUCGAUUGUGAUAUAAAUAAAAUAGUAGUUAUAUUAAAUUAAUCGUAAUGA